GGCCCCUGUCGUCGUCGUUGUGGCCCCUGUCGUCGUCGUUGUCGUUGUGGUCCCUGUCGUCGUCGUUGUCGUUGUGACCCCUGUCGUCGUCGUUGUCGUUGUGACCCCUGUCGUCGUCGUUGUGACCCCUGUCGUCGUCGUUGUCGUUGUGACCCCUAUUGUCGUCAUGAAUGCUACUGUUGUAGUCGUCGGUAUUAA